AUGGAAUCAGGAUCGAACUCAAUUCUCGCCACAAAACUCACUUUUCAGCCAAAUCGCGUCACCUGUGUAAAUAAAAAUCAUCACAAAACCAACUUUACUCCCCCGACGACAUUGCAUCAAAUAUUGGAUAAGACCAACACAAAUUUGAAUCAACUAGAAAUACCAAUUUUUCGAACAGAACAAGGACGAUACUUAGCCGAAGCACUCGGCGAUCCACUUAUCAAAGGGCUCACUGAAAUUGCCGAGAAACGUCCAACCGAACCGAUUCUCUACUUGGCGAACUUUCUCCAUAAUUUCGCCAAAAACAACGCCCAACCGGUACCAGUACAACAAUCCCGCCAGGGAACGUCGCAUAGUGUAAGUGGGCUCCUAGGACAACCUACUUCAGGAUACUCGAAUAAUUCAGUUGCACCGAACACCUAUAACCAAAGCAAUGGUCCAGUGGAAGAGACCACAUCAAGUCCUGAGCUAGAUGAUGCCUCGUCAACUACUGAUGAUCGUGAUGAGCAUGGUCAGAGCAUGCUGCACUUUGCAUGCGCUCGACCCCACAGCCGCAACGCUUUGCUCACCCUUAUUGAGGAAUCUGAAGUGAAUAUCACUUACCGUGAUGAAUUAUACCGAACAGCUCGUGACGUCUCACUUCAGGCGAACCAACCUGCAAAUGCCAAACAAAUUGAUCACUAUGUCCUCAGCCUUGCAGCUAAAGGAGACAUAAGUGCCUUUGAAAACAUGGUUUCCGAAGGAUACGACCACAUCUUAGAUAUCACAGAUGACCAUGGUACGAACAUAGUAGAUUUCAGUCGAGCACGCGGUCACGAUAAUUUGGCCGAUUUCUUGGAGACAGUUCAACAAUUCGAGGAAACCAGAGAGGAAUUCCAUCAACAGAUUCGUUUAAAUAACAUGCAACGAGUGAAAGAACUUGUCUCAGUAUCAGACCCUGCUAGGCUGAUACGGACCAAAAAUUAUUAUGGACGAACUGCCCUACACAUUGCCGUCCUUAAAGAAAACGAAGCAUUGGUUGACUACCUCACUGAUCUUUGCCGGAACUCUUUGAAAAUUGGUGACAAUCUCGAACGGACUGCACUACACUAUGCAAUGGGAAUAAAUUCUGUAGAGAAAAUCAGUCGAAUUUUAAUAAGAAAAGGUGCCAAGCGAAUAGUAAAAGACUUAAAAGGACGACAGCCAAGCUAUUAUUUUAUGAACAAAGCAGACAUCCUGCGACUUCAAGAGGAGGAAGACGAAGACCAUGGAAUUGAGUAAAAUCGUAGAAAACAUGUUGAUGGUAAGCAAUCACAUUCAAUAUACAUUAGAGUACGGAAUUAGAUAUCAAGUAAUGUCGUAGAUUAGAGUGGAAUGGAGACACUUUCUACUGUAAAAUUGUUAUCUUGUUUACAUAUUUACUGAAAACAAAGUUGUAGUAAGCGCAACUAGGUUAGAUAUAAAUAAAGAUAAUUUCAAAAAA